UCCAGUAUACGACACACUGAGAAAGCCAUCGCCAUCUGCGCCGAUUCAACAUAGCCUACAUUUACGAUUGUAUUACUUCUUAAAAUAACUUUUUGGGGCUCUCAUAAGCUUACAACUAUGUUUUGAUUCUUGCUUGAACAGUCGCUAAGAUUAUUUGGUUGUGAUAGUUGCAAAAUAGCUAUUUUGGAUGCAGCAGUUGUUAGCUAGAAUGCUAACGCUCAUUGAUAUUGGCUAUAGCAAAAGCCAUUUUACUGGUUGAAGGUGAAAUGUUUUUAAAAAAAGUAUAAUGCAGUUGAUUUGCGAUGAUGACACAAGCAUUACUAUUAAGCAGGACAUUCAUACAAGGUUUAAAAUCCAAUUAUAAUCCAAAAGUAGUAUGAAAUGCACUCAUAAGCAACAUGUAAAUAUAGGCUUUUCCCCCCAUGUUCUAUAAGAACUUCCCCUUGAUCUGUCACUAAAUUUCGCGUAUCGCCAUCGCGAGGCAAUGUUUGCAAACACAGAAACCUGUCCAUGGACACCUUUCCAGUGACAUCAUAUCAUACUAUCCUCUCUCAGCCAGCGCUCCAACCAGCAGCCGAGGAUUGGCCAAUGGCCAGAUAGCGUGAGCUCUGCUCACCGAUGUGCUGUUCCUGAUUGGACGGUUCAGGUACAGAGAGGGCGGGACACCAAACCUGCGAACCCGAAGUUCCUACCUAUCUCAUUAUCAUAUAAUAUUUAGCAUCAUCUGAAACCAUCUGAAAUGUCUGGUGGAAUAAUUGUAAUGGUUUUGAAUACUUUUCUUUUUGAUUAACGGAUAUAUUUGAAAUAUUACUAGGCCUACGAUCUGCUAAAGCAACUGAAAUAGGAUGCUCAAUUGUCUACGCCAGUAGAUAGAAUAUUUGCUAUUUUUGAAAUAACUGUUGAACUGUGAUAUUUUAUUGCGUACUUUAUUCUAUUCCAUGAUCUCGGCUACUUUUUGUUUUUGCAAUUUAGUUUCAGGUUAUAGGUUAGGAAACAUUCUGAGCAGUGGUAAUUUAUUGCAUGAGUUAGCCUAAUCAUUUCAAGUAGCCUAGUUUAAUAAUAUAAUAAAUAUGUGGACUUUUCUUGGAAUUGCAAGUUUCACCUACAUUUAUAAGAAAUGCGACGCAGUUUUGGAGUAUGCUCACAAAGAGAUAAUCCUGGCGGCUGUAGUGUUCUUGGCAGUGGGGAUGCUGCUAUCCUAUGUCAGGUACCACGGACAUACAUGCAAGGUACCCCAAAUUCUACAAUUACCGCUGGAACUUUUAUUAUCCCUACCGGUCAUCAAUACAUUUAUACCGAAACCCUCAGCUGUCAGGCACAGGAGUGGAGAGAGCGCGUCAAAGAAGGGAGGUGGCAGGAGGAAAAGAGUGUGUUCCUCAGCCAUGGAGAGCCCCCCAGCAACAGGGGACUCUCCUGCAUCUCAGGAGCCGGAUGUGAUCAUAGUAGGGGCGGGAGUCCUGGGGUCGGCCAUGGCUGUAGUGCUGGCCCGGGACGGCCGGAGGGUCACUGUGAUAGAGAGGGACCUGAAGGAGCCUGACAGGAUAGUGGGAGAGCUGCUGCAGCCUGGUGGAUACAGGGCCCUGCGAGCACUGGGAAUGGAGGGUUCAGUGGAGGGGCUGGAUGCCCACGUGGUGAACGGCUAUGUGAUUCAUGACAUCGAGAGCAGCACAGAGGUGGAGAUCCCAUAUCCCCAGGCAGACAGCAGUAUCCAGUGUGGCAGGGCCUUUCACCACGGACGCUUUAUCAUGGGUCUGCGCAGAGCCGCCCUCGCUGAGCCAAAUGUUACGCUCAUUGAAGGCACCGUGUCCAGCCUGGAGGAAGAGGAUGGCUGUGUGACAGGAGUGCAGUACAGGGAAAAGGAGACAGGAGACACAAAGGAGGUCCAUGCAGCAGUAACUGUAGUAGCUGACGGCUGUUUCUCAAAGUUCAGGAAGAGCCUGGUAGCCGGGAAGGCCCAGACCUCCUCUCACUUUGUUGGAUGUAUCAUGAAGAACUCUCCCCAGUUCAAGCCCCACCAUGCUGAGCUGGUCCUGGCUAACCCCAGCCCUGUCCUCAUCUACCAGAUCUCCUCCUCAGACACCAGGGUGCUGGUGGACAUCAGGGGAGAGAUGCCCAGGAACCUCACCGAGUACAUGGCUGAGAAAAUACACCCACAACUACCAGAACACCUAAAGGAGCCGUUCAUGGUGGCUCUGCAGAACGACCGGCUGAGGUCUAUGCCAGCAAGCUUCCUGCCUCCGUCCCCAGUCAACAAGCCAGGUGUGCUCCUGCUGGGUGACGCCUACAACAUGAGACACCCUCUGACCGGAGGAGGGAUGAGUGUGGCCCUCAACGACGUCCUGAUCUGGAGGAGCCUGAUGAAGAACAUCCCUGACCUGUACGACAACACAGCCAUGCUCCAGGCAAAGAAAAAAUUCCACUGGGAACGCAAGUCAUCACAUUCCUUUGUGGUGAAUGUGUUGGCUCAAGCCCUGUACGAGUUGUUUGCUGCAACAGACAAUUCUCUCCACCAGCUGAGAAAGGCAUGCUUCCUUUACUUCAAGCUGGGUGGGGAGUGCGUCAACGGUCCCAUUGGUCUUCUCUCAGUGUUGACGCCCCAUCCGAUGACUCUGAUUGGACACUUCUUUGCCGUGGCCUUGUACGCCAUCUACUACAACUUCAAGUCUGAGUCGUGGUUCACCAAACCCCGAGCCUUAUUCACGAGUGGAGCUAUCCUGUACCGCGCCUGUACCGUCAUGUUUCCCCUCAUCUACUCUGAGUUCAAGUACCUGGUGUACUGAGCAGUGAUCUAAUCUGAGCCCUAACCCAGUGGAACACACACCAGCCUUAGACAACAGGGUCGUAUUCAUUAGUGCACAAACGUAGCAAAACAUUUUGCAAUGGAAUACGAAGAUGUUCAGGUUUGCCCCUACCCUCUUUCUGCCUGUUUUCUUCCAAUUAGUUUCUUGUGAAUACAUUUACUGAGCAUCACGGACCCCUGAUGGAGAACGAACACACACACACACACACACACACACACACACACACACACACACACACACACACACACACACACACACACACACACACACACACACACACACACACACACACACACACACACACACACACACACACACACACACACACACACACACACACACACACACACACACACACACACACACACACACACACACACACACACACACCGAAAGUGUAGUUAACUGUCAAGUCAAUUUGGCUGUAUGUAUGAUUUAUAUGAAACCACUUAGUUUUAGGCCAACAAUUAUGCUUUUUUGUUGGGUGUGGGGAGGCAUGCCACUUUCUGUCCAAUGAUGUAAUUUCUGGACAAUGUUUCUGUGAAUUUACGCAAGGGAUCCCUUUUGUCUCAAGCACACCCCUAGAGGCAAAAGUUCUGUAUAGCCUCUUUAAUAUUACACCAUCCUAUCAUCACUGUCAACAGGGAUCUUGUACAGGUCUCUAAAGUGACCAUUAUUCAGUGCUGAAGCCUUUGACCUUGAUCAUAUGUCUUUAUCUCUGCCUAAAGGUCUGCCCAAUGAUAAGACGUCUUCUGAGGACGAGGUCUAAAUUGACGGUGACAAUUAUUUAGUAAUGCCUUGUAUAUUCAGAAUUUACAUCACAACCAUGCAUUUACGUAGUGUAACAGACAAUGCGUAAGAGGUUUGCAUUAGCAACUCUUAAUUGCAAAUAACCAGCAGGACUGACUACAGGUGUCUGUUUAACCACUUUGCUGCUAAUUGAACAUGAGGACAAAACAUGUCCUUCCUGCUUGUGUUCUAUCUUCUCUCCAUGCCAAUGGCUCAAAAAACAGUUGGCUCUUUGUCUACCCUUAUUCCAAACGGUAUCCUUAUUUUGUUCUGAAAAAGCAUGUUCCUUGUGCAUUAUUUUAACUGUACAUGUACAAUCAAAUGAUUAUGUAUUAAACUGUUUGAUUGGUUCAAGUCAGAUCACCUGUCCUUAACUUUUGCCAAGUUAUAGUUUUCCUGCCUUAAAUGGGGUUUUACACAUUGUGACAAGGGAUCCACCCCAACACAUCUCUGGUACUUGUUUAAAAAGUGAUUCUUCAGUUGUGAACACCUGCUGGAAUAAAAGUGUGACUUAA